AUAAUCAAUUUAAAACAAAAGGAAAAUAGAGUAGAUAAUAGAUCAUGAACAAUCUACUGACUGUAACCUUGCUGGACUUUACAAUACAAUUAGUUGGAUUUGCUGUUGCAUUUGCACUUCAAACUGAAAAGUUUUAUGAUUUGACAGGCUCAUGUACCUUUAUACUUGUGGCUCAAGCAAGUUUACGAUGGAGAGCUAAUAGACAAUUUAGAAGAGUCUUACUCAGCACAAUGGUUACGGUCUGGGCAGCUAGGUUGGGACUGUUUUUGUUUUACCGUGUACUACAUGAAGGCGGUGACAAACGCUUCAAUAAAGUUAAAAGUAAACCAGUUACUUUCCUUAUCUAUUGGAUGAUACAAGGUGUUUGGAUUAUCGUAAUGUCGGCACCGGUGUUAUUUGUAAAUAACGAGAGGCAAAACGUCCCAAUAAACACUCGUGAUUACGUUGGAUUUGCUGUCUGGCUGUUUGGGAUGUUUUUUGAAAUUAUGGCGGACUUACAAAAACUGACAUUCCGUAACAAUCCAGACAAUGCUGGUAAGUUCAUCAGUUCAGGUUUGUGGUCAAUUAGUCGACAUCCAAAUUACUUUGGUGAAAUUGUUCUCUGGGUUGGCGUGUUUAUUAUUGCCUCAUCUGAUCUGACGGGAUGGACAUGGGUUAGUAUUUUGUCGCCGGUAUUUCUAUAUUAUCUUCUAAACAAUGUGAGUGGGGUGCCAAUACUAGAACGAAGUGGGUUAAAGAGAUAUGGAGAACUACCGGAAUACAAGCAAUACAUCAACACAGUGCCCGUGUUGGUACCUUUUGUUGGCAGAACAUAGAUGCAAUGGAUAAACAUAAAGAUCUAUUUAAUUACUUAAUUAUUUUCCUUCACAGUUUAAUUAUGCUGUUAAUAUAUUGCAAUUGUAUUAUUUGUAUAGCCUACCAACUUCUUUAUUACAAAUAACUUUGGGAAUUGUCAAUUCCGAAUUGAAAUAUUAAUGAAAUUGUUUUAAUUUGCAGUACAUACGGAUACUGAACACCAUUCUAUUUAAUGUAUUUGCCCUGUCGUUAUCUUCAUCUGGGCUUUCAAUUCGAUAUUAUACUGCUCUUGUUAAUAAUUAUUCACUCAGUGUAUGUGCAUUCAUGAAAUAACCUAUUUGUUUAAUAAAUAAACAAUAUGCAUCAUAACAU